AGGUGAAUGUUGGAUGCGUACCCAAAAAGGUGAUGUGGAACACAGCCGUCCACUCUGAAUUCAUGCACGACCAUGUGGAUUAUGGCUUUCAAAGUUGUGAGGGUAAAUUUAAUUGGCGUGUUAUUAAGGAAAAGCGGGAUGCCUAUGUGAGCCGCCUGAACACCAUCUACCAGAACAAUCUAACCAAGUCCCAUAUAGAAAUCAUCCACGGCCAUGCAGCAUUCACGAGUGAUCCCACGCCCACAGUUGAGGUCAGUGGAAAAAAAUACACCGCUCCACACAUCCUGAUUGCCACAGGGGGCGUGCCCUCUAGUCCUCGUGAGAGCCAGAUCCCAGGUGCCAGCCUUGGAAUAACCAGCGAUGGAUUUUUUCAACUGGAAGAAUUGCCUGGCCACAGUGUUAUUGUUGGUGCAGGCUACAUUGCUGUGGAGAUAGCAGGAAUCCUUUCAGCCCUAGGUUCUAAGACAUCACUGAUGAUACGGCAUGACAAGGUACUUAGAAAUUUUGAUUCAAUCAUCAGCAGCAACUGCACGGAAGAACUGGAGAAUGCUGGUGUGGAGGUGCUGAAGUUCUCCCAGGUCAAGGAAAUUAAGAAGACAUCAACAGGCUUGGAAGUCAGCAUGGUUACUGCAGUUCCUGGUAGGAAACCCACCUUGACCACAAUUCCAGAUGUUGACUGCCUGCUCUGGGCCAUUGGGCGAGACCCAAAUUCCAGCGGCCUGAAUUUAAACAAUUUGGGGAUUCAAACUGAUGACAAAGGCCACAUCAUAGUAGAUGAGUUCCAGAAUACCAAUGUAAAAGGCAUCUAUGCAGUUGGGGAUGUGUGUGGAAAAGCUCUUCUUACUCCAGUUGCAAUAGCUGCUGGCCGAAAACUUGCCCAUCGACUUUUUGAAUGCAAAGAAGAUUCCAAAUUAGAUUAUGACAAUAUCCCAACUGUGGUCUUCAGCCACCCUCCUAUUGGGACAGUGGGACUCACAGAAGAUGAGGCCAUUUCUAAAUAUGGGAAAGAAAAUGUGAAGACCUAUUCAACCACCUUUACCCCAAUGUAUCAUGCAGUUACCAGGAGGAAAACAAAAUGUGUGAUGAAAAUGGUCUGUGCCAACAAAGAGGAAAAGGUGGUUGGGAUCCACAUGCAGGGAAUUGGGUGUGAUGAAAUGCUGCAGGGUUUUGCUGUUGCAGUGAAAAUGGGAGCCACGAAGGCUGACUUCAACAACACGGUCGCCAUUCACCCUACCUCCUCAGAAGAACUGGUCACACUCCGCUGAGACCCAGAGAUUAGUGUGGCUGGCAGCUGGACCAUAGGCCUUCUAAAAUGAGCCAAAUGAUUACAUUUAGUUACGGUUCCAGUCUUACGUAUUUCUUUAUUUUAAUCAGGAUCUUCUGAUAGUGGAAACUUUUAGUACAUAAUAGAAACUUGUUUAUGUGAUCAGAAUUUUAUUGUGUUAUCCAGGAUCGAUUUUUACUUGAUCAUAUCUCACAAUAAUUAAUAUUUUUACAUUUUUUAAUUAACUGCUCUGUGCUAGUUUUGUUUUUUUUUUUCCUGUUUUAGCCUCAAGCCAAAUAUAAAACUAUGUGAAGUACAAUUAAAUAAAUGUACUUGAAUGAGUAUA